AUGAGCGCUAAUCCAGACACCCGCACCCGAGGAAUAUAUGAAGAGAAUCCAAUAUUAAUUCUGAAGAAUGGAUUAAAAGUGAUCAUCAACAAGGAAUCGCGUGAACAAGUGAAUGAAUGCUGCAAACCGACCUCACUCAAUCCCCGUGCAUUUGCCUGCGCGGUACGAUCUGCUCUGCAACCCGAGCCGGACCUCGGGCGCAGCGUUGAGUUCAAUUCCGCAGACACCGCGCCGUGUCGGGAGGCGGACAAGGUCGUGGAUGCGUGCGCACUCGGGCGCCCUCAGCCGCGGUCGGCACGCGGAGGUACACCUCGGCGGCGACCACGACAGCCCGCCUCAGAAGUCAUGUCGGGGAACGUGGAGCACGAUGCGGCGGAAGGCAAGCGGGGCGGCGGGAAUCGGUGCGACGUUGUUUGGCGCGUCGUGGUGCUCGCCACAUUGGCGGCUCAGGUCGCAUUUUUCCUCGCUGCGAGUGAGCGUUGGGCGCGGUUCGACAAUGAGGUGGCGCAGGUCAAGCGAGUGGUCCUCGAUAAUACCAUGGCGAUCGAAGAGGUGCUGUCGGACGUUCGAGCGAUGGGUCCGGCGGACGUCGCCGAACCGCCGGUCUUGGCGGACAUCGCCGCCGCGAAAGGUGUCGUGAGUAGACAGAAGCGCCGCGCCACCUACAAGGACAACAGGCUGCCGGAAGAGGAAGAAGUUGAGCCAGUGCAAAACGGGAAUAAGUCGGUGCCGUUUCACUCCAUUUCCUACAUCACAUGCGACUUCCGGGACCAACGUGGAAUCAAAAAGAGUAACAGUUCUGAAGCGCUCAUCGUUGCAAAAAUAUUUUCGCAUUACAUGUUAUGA